AUGCAUUCAACAGGGGGAAUAACAGGAACAUCACUAAUCUCGUCGCCAACUCAACAAUAUUUUCCAGCAAAACGAAUUCAUAGUACUCAUUCAUCGUCAUCAUUAUCAGGAAUAGAUGUACGUGAAUUAACACAUACCCUUCAAGAAUUAAAUAAUAAUUUUAAACGAAAUAUUAAAGUUCUUACCGAUAUUAAAGACUACAUGAUUAAAGUAUGCGAAAAACAAGAUACAAGACCAGCUGAUGAUAGUUUAGGUUUACAUAAACUUGAUAGGGUAAGAUUGAAGUUUCAUUUUUAUCACAAUCCAUCAUGUCAAUCUUUCUAA